GGUCGCAGAACAUCUACCGAAACAAUAUUAUCUCCACCGGAUUGCUUCAGAUUCAAUGGCUUCCCACCCUUCGAAACGACGGAGGCUGACGCCUCCAGGUGAGGAUGGGCACGACUCGGCCAGCCAUGACACCAAGAUCCAGAAAGCCUUCUUCAAAAGCGCCGCCAAUUGGAGCCUCGAGCAGGACUACGAAUCGAGACCUAGAAAGGGCAAGAGGAAGGAUGCAAAGAAGGGCAGCACCGAAGGCGCUGGCAGGCUCCCCAUAAAGACAGCCGCAGGAACUUGGGUGGUCCAGGAUGAUGCCGAAUUGGUGCCGAGCGACACGGAAUGGCUUCAGAGCGAGGAAGAGGAUGAAGAGGUGGACAAAGAGCCCGAGGCUGCUGCCCCGGAAGCGCCCAAAAUCCCGGAGCGUGAACAACUGCGGAGAGCGCAGGAAGAACUAGCAAAAAUUGCUACGCAGCUCAACGAGGAUCCUGAAGAACACCCUGGAGCAUUCAAAGCGUUGGCCAAACUCGGGGAAUCACCCCUUCUCUCGAUCCAGAAAUUGUGCCUUGUCACCCAGAUGACGGUCUAUAAAGAUGUCAUCCCGGGAUACAGGAUACGGCCCGCAUCGGAGGAUGUUGCCGGGGAGAAGCUUUCGAAAGAAGUAAGGCGGCUACGGACCUACGAACAAGCCUUGGUCUCUGGCUAUCACAACUACCUCAAGUCCCUCGCGAAGCAUGCAACAUCACCGCCUAUAGAGAAACGAAAAGGAGGGGAACCGAUCUCCAGCAUUGCCAUCACCUGCGCCUGUACGCUGGUGAAUGCCGUCCCACACUUUAAUUUUCGAGGCGACCUGCUACGGAUUCUGGUGAGGAAAUUGAGCAGCCGUAAGCUGGACUCGGACUUUGCAAAAUGCCGGCAAGCGCUGGAGACACUAUUUCAGGAAGAUGAGGAAGGUAAUGCCUCGAUGGAAGCCGUGUCUCUCCUCACAAAGAUGAUGAAAGCACGCGAGUAUCGCGUCGACGAGAGCGUCCUGAAUAUGUUCCUGCAUCUACGGCUGCUCUCUGAAUUCGCGGGCAAGGCCUCUCAGGACACAGUCAACCGGCCCGGUGACGCACCCAACGGCAAGAAGCCGAAAGCGAAGAAGGAGUUCCACACGAAGCGGGAGCGGAAGCUCCUCAAGGAGCAAAAGGCAGCCGAGAAAGUGAUGGCCCAGGCAGAUGCGACCGUCAGCCACGAGGAGAGGGAAAGGAUGCAGUCAGAAACCCUCAAAAUGGUGUUUGCUACCUAUUUCCGCAUCUUGAAGCAGCGCGUGCCGCAUCUCAUGGGUGCUGUGCUCGAAGGCCUAGCCAAGUACGCACACCUCAUCAAUCAGGACUUUUUCGGCGACCUGCUCGAAGCACUCAAAGACCUCAUCCGUGAAAGCGACGGCACUGAGGACGCUGCCGAGGGUGAGACGCAAGGCAACGACCAGGAUGACGGGCUGUCGGUCGUUCGCGACACCAACAGAGAGGCUCUACUGUGCACUGUCACGGCGUUUGCGCUGCUCGAAGGGCAGGACGCGCACAAUGCCCGCACAGACCUACACCUCGACCUGUCCUUCUUCAUCACAAACCUCUACCGCAGCCUCGUCAGUCUCUCAGUUAACCCGGACCUCGAGCUGGGCGCCAAGUCCCUUCGCCUCGACGACCCGGAUGACCCGACUUCCCCGGCCAACGGCCACCGCAGGAACAACAAGAUCAACCUUCAAACAACCACGGUGCUGCUCAUGCGCUGCCUGACCGGGGUGCUCCUCCCGCCGUGGAACAUACGCUCGGUGCCACCCCUGCGGCUCGCGGCCUUCACCAAGCAGCUCAUGACAGUGGCGUUGCAGAUGCCCGAGAAGUCGUGCCAGGCGGUGUUGGGCCUGUUGCACGACGUGGUGCGUACCCACGGCCGCAAGAUCAACGCGCUGUGGAACACGGAGGAGAGAAAGGGCGACGGGACAUUCAAGCCGCUCAGCGAGACGGUCGAGGGGAGCAAUCCGUUUACGACCACCAUCUGGGAAGGGGAGAUCCUAAGGAAGCAUUACUGCCCCAAGGUGAGGGAGGAGCUGAAGUUGAUGGAGAAGGAGCUCAGGGCCAUCUAGUAUCGUGAACAUCACGAAUUCUUGAGGCAAUAUUAUCACAUGUCCGCAAUUUUGGUUUCUCUGCCUUAGCAGUGUACAUAGGAGGAUCGAACUUGCUGAUACCCCUGCAAUCCAUCAUGACAAAGGACGAGUUACUUGAGUGAGUUGAGG